AUGUGAUUCAGCGUGCAUAUAUAUAUAUCGGACAGAGACUCCUGUCAUCACUCACCUGUCUGGUACCCGAAGAGCACUUAACAUUUACCUGACCGCUGCUUCUCUCUUUUUCAGAUCUGUGAGCAUCCACCUCCCUCCAGACGUUCAUUAGCUUUCAUCAUGAAGAUUCUGCUGGUCCUCUCUGUUCUCCUCUGUGCUGCUCUGUCCAUCAGGGCUGCAACAGUUGUUGUAGCUGAGGCUGCUGCAGUACCACAGGAAAACAAACCUGCACCAGAAUCAGUUGUUGUAGCUGAGGCUGCUGCAGUACCACAGGAAAACAAACCUGCACCAGAAUCAGAGAUGGAUGCUGCUACUGAUGUUGCUGAUGGCAGAGGACCUGCUCGACAUCAAGCCCGUUUUGAUUUCUGCCUUGAUGGUUGGCUUAGUUUCCGUGGUAACUGCUACUUCUUAGCCAACCAGGCUUAUUCCUGGAGCAGUGCAGAGAGGUAUUGUGCCGGCUUUGGUGCCAGUCUGGCUUCAGUCCACAACGUCUUGGAGUAUAAUUUCCUCCAGCGUCUGGUCAAGACUGGUGGCCACACUUUUGCCUGGAUUGGAGGUUACUAUUUCCAGGGUUUCUGGAGAUGGGAAGAUGGCUCAGCGUUUGACUAUACCAACCAGGGAUCAAUGAGCUCCACUUCCAGUUACCAGUGCCUGCAGGUCAACUCUCAAACGUCCAAGGGCUGGUCCAAUAACGGCUGCGCCCAUAGCUACCCAUUCGUCUGUCAGAUAAAGACAAACUGCUAGUCGUCACAGUGUGUGCAGUGCUCCUCCUGACUUCUACAGAUGAUACUUAAGCUGCUGUUUGUUCAUUAUAAGACUGUAUGUCACUGUCAUGAUUUAUACAUGCUGGACUCAUACACACUAUUUGUAACACAAAUCUCAGCACAAUUUAAUCCAUGUCAGUCUAAUGAGUUUUUUAAGCCUAUGUAUAUUUUUAACAACAACAGUUUGGAAUGUAAGGCAAUUGUAGGGGUUGUGAUAAAUUGUAGGGGUUGUGAUCA